ACCGGCCGCGCUCCUCCGGCGGCCAGGGCGAGGCUGGCACCGGGCCCGCGCAGGCCGGGCCAGGGGUGCCGGGCCGUCUCCGGGGCGGGGACCCGGGCGUGGAAGGCGCUCCAGUUGCGCGGCCCUCGGCGCGCUGUGGAGGGCGCCCUCCGCGGCGGGCAGUGCGCCAGGGACCGGCCUCCGCUGCCGCGGGGCACGCGAAGGCUACACUUUCCCUUCGGCCCCCCUCGUUUCCUCCCGCGCGGCGGCAGCGGAGAUUUCCUCUCGGGGAAACUGCGCGGAUCCUUCCCAGGGCUCCUGGCCCCGCCCCGGUUCUCCGCCCCCUCCCCUUUGCUGGGCAGCCGGUGCUGGCCCGCGCCGGGAAGGAGGCUCUGGCAGCCGAGGCUGGGGAGUGGCGGGGGGCGGCGAAGCCGGCUGGCCACCAACUCGCCCCGCCAUGUGACGCUGUUCUCCGCCCAGCGACCCCCCGCGCGCCCCGGGCCCGCGCCCGCGCUUCGCAGCGCCGCGCACCAUGCUGCUGCCGGGACACGCGCGCCCGCCUCCCGCGCCUCAGCCCGCGCAGCAUCCCGGCCUCCGCAGGCAGGUAGAGCCGCCGGGGCAGCUCCUGCGCCUCUUCUACUGCACUGUCCUGGUCUGCUCCAAAGAGAUCGCAGCGCUCACCGACUUCUCGGGUUACCUAACCAAACUCCUGCAAAACCACACCGCCUAUGCCUGUGACGGGGACCAUUUGACUCUCCAGUGCCCUCGGCAUUCUACGAUAAGUGUCCAGUCGGCAUUUUAUGGGCAAGAUCAGCAAAUAUGUAGUGCCCAGCAGCCUGCCUCCCAGAGGGAAGACCGCUUAACCUGUAUGGCACCCACCACAUUGCAGAAGGUGCUGGACGAAUGCCAGAACCAGCGGGCCUGCCACCUCCUGGUCAAUAGCCGUGUUUUUGGACCUGACCUUUGUCCAGGAAGCAGUAAAUACCUCCUGGUCUCCUUUAAAUGCCAACCUAAUGAAUUAAAGAACAAAACCGUGUGUGAAGACCAGGAGCUGACGCUGCACUGCCACCCCUCCAAGCUGCUCAACAUCUACUCUGCGGCCUACGGCAGGAGGACCCAGGAGAGGGAUGUCUGCGCCCCGGAAGCAGAGCAGCUCCCCCCCUUUGACUGCUUGUCUUACUCGGCUUUGCAAGUAUUAUCCAGGAGGUGCUAUGGGAAGCAGAGAUGCAAAAUCAUUGUCAACAACCACCAUUUCGGAAGCCCCUGUCUGCCAGGAGUAAAAAAAUACCUCACCGUCACCUACGCCUGUGUUCCCAAGAACAUACUCACAGCGAUUGAUCCAGGCGUUGCUAACCUAAAACCUUCUUUGAAGCAGAAAGAUGGUGAAUAUGGUAUAAACUUUGACCCAAGCAACUCGAGAGUUCUGAGGAAAGACGGAGUUAUUGUUAGCAACUCUCUGGCAGCAUUUGCUUACAUUAGAGCCCACCCCGAGAGAGCUGCCCUGCUGUUCGUGUCCAGUGUCUGCGUCGGGCUGGUGCUCACAUUGUGUGCCUUGGUCAUCAGAGUGUCCUGUACCAAGGACUUCCAGGAGCUGCAGCUGGCGAGGGAGCACCUGAUGCCAGGAAGUGACAAGGCUGAGGAGGACAGUGAGGAUGAAGAAGGGGAGGAGGACUCCUCUGACUCCGAUUUUCCAGGGGAACUGUCGGGGUUUUGUAGGACUUCGUAUCCCGUCUACAGUUCCGUAGAGGCUGCAGAGCUAGCAGAAAGGAUUGAGCGCAGGGAGCAAAUCAUCCAGGAAAUAUGGAUGAACAGUGGUUUGGACACUUCACUCCCCAGAAACAUGGGCCAGUUCUACUGAAAACCCGCUGCAUCUCGAUGCGACCACACUUUCUGAAGAGGGAAGGAUCCAAAAUGCUCCUUCGGUCCUGUUUCACUCGUACCUUCUAUGAAGGAGAAGUUGUCGUGUCAUUCAAUACUGGUGAAGCCAGAAAGCUAUCAAAGGGACAUUUCAAACUGUUUACACAUUUCAAAAUAAAUGAGGA